CAGCCCACAAAUGUUUAACCGGACGCCGAAAGUCAAUAUUUGCUUCUGAGUGAACGGGAAGGAUUUCUCCACCCAAGGCGGUCCUCGGCUGGUAUUGGGGGCCAUUCUCCCUUCCUUCCUUCUUCCCAAGAAGAAAAGGGCUUUGAUCGAGCUUUUCCACCCCAAAGACAGCCGCAAUGCCCUGGACUACGACAAUGCCGCUGCUGCUCUGCCUCUUGGCCCUGAAUCAUGGGGCCUUCUUUGCCAGACCCUUGGAUUGGGAGGAGAGCGGGCAGAGGAACAUCCUCCAGGGCCUCAGUGGGGAAAACGCCAUUAUUUUGCCGACCCCGACUUGGCCCACUGUCCGCAAUGAGGCCCUGGCCGGAGACAUGGGGUCUCUUGACGGUCAAGGGCUGGAGGAGGAGGAGGAGGACUGCCAGGGUGAAGUGUCCCCCAAGGCCCUAUCAGGGGUGGCCCACGGCCUCAUGGAGCUCGGGGCAGACUUGCUGCAGGAGAUGGAGCGACGGGAACCCCAAAAGAACCUCAUCUUCUCGCCCUUCAGCAUCGGGAUGGCCCUCGCCCAGCUGGCCCUCGGGGCAGCGAACGAGACGGAGAGGCUGCUCCUGGAGGCGCUGCAUGCCAAGCAGGUGCCUUGCUUUCAUCAGGCGCUGAGUGAAAUGUCCGUCCACCUGGAAGGGUCGGCGCUCAAGCUGGCCGCCCGGAUUUACCUGCAGCAAGGCUUCCCAGUGAAGGAGGCCUUCCUGCAGGACUGUGAGAGGCUCUAUGGGGCCCGGCCGGCCACUCUGUCCGGAGACAACGAGGCUGACCUCCAGGCCAUCAACGCCUGGGUCAAGGAGGCCACCAGUGGGCAGGUCCCAAACAUGAUGUCCGAACUGCCGGCCGACACCGUCAUGGUCCUCCUCAAUGCCAUACACUUCCAAGGAUUGUGGACAACCAGGUUUGACCCACAGAUGACAGAGCCAAGCCUCUUCUACAUGGAGGAGGAGGAGGUCUCCACUUGGGUGCCCAUGAUGAAGGCAGAAGAUUACCCACUCAGCUGGUUCACGGUGGAGGAGCUGGACGUCCAGGUGGCCCGCUUCCCCUUUGAGGGCAAUGCCAGCUUUGUGGCCGUCCUCCCCAACUACUUCGAGGGCAACUUCUCCCAGCUGCUGUCUGCACUCGGCCCAGCCAUGUUGCGUGGCCCCUUCCCCAAAGAGCGGCCCACCGCGGUCCAGGUGCCCAAGGUGGCCCUCCAGCACCGGGCCGACCUCAAGGAGACCCUCGGACGUCUUGGUCUUGGGGAGCUCUUUUCCUCCCCACGGCUGCCUGGCAUUGCGGAGGGCCCUUUGUGGGUCUCGAGUGCCCAGCACCAGGCGGCCCUUAACAUCUCUGAGUCCGGCCUGGAGGCCUCGGCGGCCACGGGGCUGGCCACGUCUCGCUCGCUCUCGGCCUUCCACCUCAACCGGCCCUUCCUCUUUGUGCUCUUCGAUGACCGCCUGGGCCUCCCACUCUUGCUGGGCUGCCUCCGGGACCCCCGGGGUGGGGACACGGAGCCCUGAGGGGCGUUCGGUGCGGACGGAGACCACUGUUGCUCAGGGAACUUCUGACCGAGGGUCCACACAAGUCUUCCUGUGGUUGGAACGAUUCUGCACCACGAAGUCAUGGAAAUGCUUUGGGAUAUUUGGGAAGGGAGAGGAAGAAAGGGGAUCUUGCGUACUGGAUGUGAAGCUCGUUCGGAAUAAAUUCUGUCCCGUUGGAAGCUC